GUCCAUGUUGGCGUGCAGAAGGGCGUGUUGGCUGUAUUUAAACCGUGAGCUUUGCACAGAUUACACACACAGACGUGUCUUACCUGAGGACGUUCACAGCUCAGCACUCCUGCUCCAGAAAUCAGCCAAUAUGAGUGACGCCAACCCAGUCAACGAGGAAGUGGAGCACUUUAACAAGAAGCAGCUCAAGAAGACGAACACGCAAGAGAAAAACCAUCUCCCAACCAAGGAGGAAAUCGAGGAGGAGAAGAAAGCCAUGAAAGAUGGGAAAUGAAAUCUUGUCUGCAAUGAUUCUUCUUCUUCUGCCCUGCUCYGGUCACCGGCUCAUCUUCCAAUGAGUCCUGUCAUUUCCACAUCUGAUCUUUGUGCCACCGUGGUUUUAAAGGUUGUUAUGGGAGAGAAUACUAACAAUGAUCUGUAUACAACAAMGCAAAGGAAACAUCAAUCAAAUGUUUUAAACACUUAAAUGUCAGAACAUGAUAAAAAUCUUGGUGGAAGUUUAAAUCAAAGCUAUGCCUGUAAAUGGUGCCGUCUAACCAUGUUGUGAAAAAUAAGACAAAUGGAUCAUAUUUUUGUUUUAAUAAAAUAAACAUGUUGGAUGUA